AUGGGCUCCCACUCGGUGGAAAGCGACGGCCUCGCCGAAACGAGUGCCAAUUUUCACUUCGUCACGGUAUCUCAUCCGAAUGAUGGAAAAGAUCGAAGGAUCAGGCGGAAGGCUCGAUCGCAUGCUCUCAAGCAAGCGGUAGAGAGGAAGCGAAGGGCGCAGCAACAGUCUGGCGACAACUUUCGAUUAUCAUCUGCAACCGACUAUUCGCGGGGAGUGGUCACCAAGAGAGAUGCUCGAAAUCUCGUUGUGCCACCACGUUCCCUAUCCGCAAGCAAGCUUGACCCUUUUCAGUCUCUUGCGGUGGACUCUUCGAGGUUGCAAGCAUUACUCGGCGACUGGAACAAUACAGCCAAGGUUAGGCAGGCCACGGAGCCAGUCUUUAGUGUUUCCGACAAGCUUGCGUAUCAGAACUUCUGCGCAGUGUUCCAGGGUGGAUUGGAUGAUCCGGCACUGGCAAACGCCAUCAUGCUGACCUUGGCAUUUGCCGCAACCGGAGGAAGCAUUGACGGAGAGUGCCUCUGGUAUCAGAGCCAAGCCAUCGGGUACAUUCGCGAGAGAAUGGACUCCCUUGAUAGGGCUACUUCAACAUCGACGAUCGGAGCCAUCUUACUUCUCGCUGGGGUAGACGCUCGACUGGGGAUGCAAAAUCAAGUUCAGCUACACAUGAGAGCAGUGCAGCAGUUGCUGGAUAUUUGCAGGGUGGGCGGGUUGUAUCUGACGGACGGAAUCAAACGAGCCAUCUUCUGGCAAGACCUGAACGCCUCGGUAAUGACAGGAUCGAGCCGGGUGGUCAACCACACAACAUUCGCCGAGCUGCAAUGGAAACGGGAUCCAUUUUUGCCCACGUUCUUUGAGCUACCACCCGGAUUUCGGAAACUAUCACAUCUGCUCACCCAAGACUUCAUCGAUGUGCUUGAAGAUAUCAAUGCACUGCAAUGUAUACGGGAGUUUGCCCGUCCUUCGAGUGGCUACCUUAUCUCAAUGGCACAUAUCAACAACCACCAGGCAUCGAUUCAGUCUCGGCUCAAGGGUUUGUACAAAGCAUCGCUGGUCGUCGAAUGUUGCUAUCUUGCGGCAUAUUUAUGCUCAAGCAUGCUAUGCUGCAAGGUUUGGUGUGCCCUGGUGAUACCUUCUCAUAUUUCAUCAAAACUGCUCUUUACACUUGAGCUAGCAGAGAAAGAUCCGGUAUGGGACAAGCAUCCUGAAUUGCUCCUCUGGCUUCUGUACAUCGGAGGGGCGUUCGCAUCAGAUGCAGUGACGCGCUCGGGUUACGUACGAGCGCUGCGGGAGAGACAUAGCUCUCGGUAUACAAGCCGCUCCACGUCUUGGCAGAAGGUGCUCCAGAUUAUGAAGCAGUUCAUCUGGUCGGACGAUGCGUUCAUACCGCAUGUCAAGACGUUCUGGAAGGAGGUGUCAGUGUAG